UUCAACGAUUAAUAUUACAAUAACCUUUGCAUUGGCUUAUAGAUUUUAGUCGGGACAUGAGUUCCCCCGGGUUCCUCAGUGGCUUCCACAUUCCGCACCUGGCACCGGGAGAGACUCUCAGUAUUGGAGUGGAUAGAGCCACGAACGAAUCUUCGGCAGCGCCGGAAACUUCCACCAGUAACAGGCUGGUGGCACCUGGUAAACGAACGGGCAACCCAGAUACUGACUCCACCAGGCCCCACAUGAAACGGAAGGCUAAGUGCAUGGAGCAGGAUUCAUUGCAGGCUGAUGGCGAAUUGGUCCUGUUUCCCGGACGCGACGAGAGCUAUCCGGAUGAGCUGAACCGGCUGAUUGAACCACUGAACUGUCAGCUGUGCAAGGUGCAGGUGACCUCUAGGAAGUGCGCCCGGGAUCACUACGAAUCGAAGGCCCACGACCGACACAUCAGCGCCUGGCUGGCCAAGAACUACACGGAGGUGGGUCUGCAGGCGCCUCCAGUGAAGCGACUGGCCAAGCAAGGACCCACCGGUCCAAACGCCUUUCACUGCGACCUGUGCCACCUGGACCUCACCUCCUCGAUGCACGCCCGCCAGCACUACUUGGGUCGGAAGCACAAGCGUGUGGAACAGGGCAUCUCGAAGCCCUACGGAGCCAGGCACUACGAUGCAUCCGGCAGUAAGUCCGCGGCGGAGGGAGUGUCUACGUCGGCUGGUCGUCACGGAAUAGGGAGUCUGUUACUCAAGACGGAGAGUUCAACCAAAGAUGCCCCAACGGAGGAGAUGCUAUCGGAGAACAGCCCGAUCAAGUCGGACGAUAAUGAGCGCACCUGCAACCUGUGCAAAAUAGUAGUCACCUCUGCUCCCCAAAUGCAGGUCCACUUGGCUGGAGCCAGACACCAAAAGAACUUGAGGACUGUUGGCCAGGAUCAGAAUCAGUCGGUAGAUGUCCGUCUUUCAGAGGCGCCGCUCCCCGUAGCAGAGAAAUUAGAUGCCGACCAACUGGCCUUGUAUCGCACUCCAAUGGGUCAGUACUACUGCCAGCCCUGCAACAUGAUGAUGAACCAUGUGACCACCUUGCAACAGCACUUCAUUGGCAAGAAGCACCUGAAGAGGGUAAAAAACCUUCCGCAAACUGAGAAGAGCACGUAAAGAAUUUAUUUGAUGUACCCCAAGCCAUGACUUCCAAUUAGUAGUGUCAUUGAUUAACUAUCUUGAGCUAGUAACUUCCUUAAUAACAAUGACAUAUGUAAAGUGGAGUCAAC